UGAUUUAAGAUUUCUUUCCUGACUAUUGUCAUAUUCAUUAUUUAGCUCAUGAUAAAUUUGUAACGCUAGCAGUUCGGCUAUGCUGCUGAGGACAUUAGCCCGACAGACUCUAAUUGGAGGUCAGACCUUGAUCUGUACCCGAUACCGCCACCCGGACACCAAACCUUCAGACCAAACUAUUGACAUUAGUUCUGAGCAAAGACUCGUUAAUCUUCCACUGAGAAAACCAGAAGAGAAAAUAACUAGCGUUACUAUUGUGCACGACAAACCCCAAGUCUCUGGCGGAGUAGACAGAAAACAGCCUCGACGAGACAAUUUGUUGAGACCACGGUGGCCCGAGGAGUUCAUCAUAGAACCUGUCCAAGUUGCAAGAUAUGGAAUUGUGUCUCUUGAAACAGGGGCCUUAGCUCACAAGGCUGUCAAGGCUUCAAAGGAGUUUAUAGCUCACAACAUUGAGCGAGGGAAACACAGGCUCUUUGUUCGGUACUUUCCAGACUAUCCGAUAUCUCUCCGACCCAGCAACACUCGGAGGGGUGGGGGCAAAAACAAAGUUGCCGAGUACAAAGAUUAUGUCAUGGCUGGUCGGGUAUUGUUCGAGUUUGAUUGCACACCCGUUGUGGCAACUAUAAUAUACGAUGGUGUUUUUAAGAGGAUGCCUUUGGCUGUGAUGCUUGUGGAUGGGGACAAACAUAGGAAUCCUGCUAAGGUUAUCGACGUUGGCAAACGGGAUAGAUUAGGUCUGAAGAUUUACGACUAUAAAUUAGAAUAUGCAGACGGGACUGAAUCUGAUUUUAAAUUGCCGAAAAGAAUGUAUAAAGACAAUUUGAUGAGGAAAGCUGUAAUGCAAGAUAUGCAGCUGGACUAUUCCCAUUGGAAACACAAGUCCUUUGGUAAUGAUCGAUUAAGAGAUAAGUGUGGUACUCCACACUGAACAUUUCGGCAACAUUGUCGAGAAUGUUAAGUUUGCCUUUAAGGGCUUUUUAUAUUUGCUAUUUCUUGAUCGACAUAUAUAUAAUACGUUCCUUAGUUAAGAUA